GUGCCGUACAAUGUGUUGGCAACACUUAUUGUUUUUUGUAGGUUUGACGUUUAUUGAAUUCGCUUUACCACACCGGUGUGUGGCCGAUAAUAUACAAACAUUAUUUUGUAGUUUGAAAUAUGGAGUCUGAAUUGGAUAUUAUAGAUUCGUUGAAUGCUUUAAAAUAUACCGGGAAAUGCACACAAAAUGAUGUUUUUACAAGUGCUUUGGAAACAGGCUUACGUAGCCCAGAAUUCCGUGAAAUUGUAAGCUGGUUAGCGCACGAAUUGCAUAUAUUGCGAAAAACUGAUGAACAAGUCUCACAGGAUGUCAAUGAUCCCAGUGAAUUUGCUAUGGAAUUGUCAUCAUUUCUUAAGGAACUCGGGUGCCCAUUUACACAAUUUGUUGCUGGUCCACUUUCAGAGCGUUUUGAGACGCGUGAAUCCCGUUUAGAGCUGUUGGAGUAUCUAAUAAAUGAAUUAAUGGCUGUAAAGAUGAUGUUUCACUUAUGUCCUGCAAAGGAGUCUUAUGUCAUUUCGAAAUUUGAAACAAAUACUGCACGUGCUUUAGAACAAUUAACACGCGAUUUGUGUUUAGGUAAACCACCAGAUAAUAUAUCACCAAAGGCGUUGUUUGAUAAAAUGAAGUUUAAAGUCGAGGAACAACUACGAAACGUGCAUCCUGAUGUUAUAAAUAAACCAUUACUAAGUAUGCAAAAAGAAUACACUGACGCACAGUGGAAGGAAUUAGCGAGAAUAAAUCAAGAUCUAGAAGCGGAAUAUAUAAUGCGUCGUCAAGUGCUUCUAACCCGACUUGAAGUAACAAUACAAAGUUUUCUAUGGUCAGAAAAAAUGAAAAAUUCUGAAAAUGAGAUUUCGAGUCGAUUUGAAAAGAAAAUGAAGGAAAUCGAAAAGUAUAAAACUGGUGGAGAUAAUACCAAUUUAAUAGCGCUAUUAGUUGCACGUUCAGACUUAGCUAUAAUUGAAAAAACCAGUUCAGCAAAUGUACGUAAAAAUACAGCUACAAAAAUACAAAAACAUAUUAUUGGCAGCGUGCCAGAUCGUGGAGGGCGAGCACACGAACAUGCACCACCUCCGCCAGAAAUGCCUUCUUGGCAGCAACAACGCUCUUCAGGUCCAGGCGGACGAGGUGGCGGUGGUGGUGGCAAUUUCCGUGGUGGUCGUGGAGGUGGCAACGCCGGUGGAAAUUUUGGCGGCGGUGGUGGUGGACGUGGUGGCAGCAACAAUUGGCAACAAUUUUCUGCACCACAGCAACAAAAUGAACCAAGACGUGAUUGGCUAAGUGGUAGUGGACGUGUGCAAGGAACGGGGUGGCAACAAAAUCAACGUUCUGAUUAUGAUCGUGGCGAUCGAGGCAGUGACAGAAGUUAUCAAAACGAUAAUGGCGGACGUGGUGGCAGCAACAGCUUUAGAGGACGGUCCAACUAUCACAGAGGCGGUGGUGGCGGUAAUCGCCGCUAAAAUAAUCUCAGUUCUUCGAUUCUUAAUAUAUGAUUCUUAAAUUUUUUUGCUAAAAACGUAAACGUAUAAUGUUUAGUAGUAAUAAAAAAAUACGAUAUUUAUUUAUUUUAUGUACGAGUUUGCAUGCGAUCAUUUGAAUUAUUUAGAACUUAAAUAAUAUAAUAAAUAUAUAUAUAUCUAGGUACGUGCUAUAUAAUACUUCUAUAAUAAAUUAAUUGUUUGUGUUCAUAAGCGAAAAUUAUUAAAAACAAU